AUGGCUGAUGCGACCCAAAAUCUCCAGGUGGCAGCCCAAAUUCAGGACAGCAUACUCAAUGCGACAAGCGCGGAGGGUGGCGAGACGACUUCAGACUCGGAGAACGUGGUGAUGACGCAGGCAAAGAGCAAGCAGGAACUCAUCGCUGAGCGGGCGGCGAAGCGUGCAGAGAAAAAGACUGCUAAUAGGCAGCAGGCUGAGGGUCAUAGACGAGCUGGGGACAUUCUAUACGAAUCGAAGAACUAUAAGGCAGCAUUGGCUCAGUACAUUGAGUCUGUUAAUAUCUGGCCGUCGGAUGUCAGCUACCACAUCAACCUCGCGGCCGUAUAUCGCAAGCUGGAGUGGUAUGAGGAGGCAGCGCAUUCAGCCACUCGAGCUCUUACCCUCGACCCGAGAAGCUCUGAAGCUCGAUAUCUGCGAGGUGUGGCACGGUUAGAACAAAGGCUGCUGAAGCCCGCUCGAACAGACUUUGAAAACGUCCUUGCUCACGAUCCUUCUCACCUUCGUGCCCGCGCCGCCUUGACGGAAGUCAACCAGUUCAUUGCCGCAAGUGGCCAACUCGGUUCACACGAACUCGGGACGUCACCCGUCGACGAAGCUACCAAGGACCUCGACUUCGCAUUCCCACACUACGACGACGAAGCGCUCGAAAUAGCGUCAGUGUCCGACUCGAGCGACUGCAACCACGUUGGCAACGGUGUCCCAUGUCGAUUCUACAAUCACGAUGGCUGUGCUCGUGGCGCCGCCUGUGUCUAUUCCCAUGCCCCCGAUGAGAAAAGCGUCAGAGACGAUCUAGGAAGAAACGUCUGCAUCUACUUCUUACUCGAUAACUGCAAGUUUGGAGCUGCGAAGUGUGUCUAUUCGCACUCGAGAGCGGCGCUGAAGGAGCAUGGGUGGUGGUCGGAUCCGGAGAAGAUCGCCAAGGUCAAGGCGGUUCUUGAGGUCGCUGAGAAGCAGGCGCGAGAGCAGCGACACCUUGAGCAGGAGCGAUGGAAGGUCUAUCUCAAGUCUCUCAAGGCCGCUGGUAAGCCUCCCAAAUCGGCCUGGGGUGAAAGGGAAGAAAGAGGAGAAAGCGCCGGAGGGCAAGCCGGAAGCCGAGCCUACCAAGGAGCCCGCUUCGACCGACGCCCCUGCUGCGGCUCCAGCUGCUGA